CUCGGGGCCCCCGAGGCCGCCGCAGCCGCCGCGGCCGGGCAUGGUGGCGGGGGCGGCCGGAGCGGGGCGGCGGCUCCGGGCGCAGCCCUGACCGAGCUCCACCAUGAGCGUGAGGCCUCCGCAGGCCCCGGACAGGUUGAGCAGCCUCUCCUCGUCCCUGGGCGAUUCCCCCUCGGAGCGCAGGUCCCCCGGUCACCACCGGCAGCCCUCGGACGCCUCCGAGACCACAGGGCUGGUGCAGCGCUGCGUGAUCAUCCAGCGGGACCAGCAUGGCUUCGGCUUCACCGUCAGCGGCGACCGCGUGGUGCUCGUGCAGUCCGUGCGGCCCGGCGGGGCUGCCAUGAGGGCCGGCGUGCAGGAGGGCGACCGCAUCCUCAAGGUGAACGGGACGAUGGUGACCAACAGCUCCCACCUGGAGGUGGUGAAGUUGAUCAAGUCCGGUGCCUACGUGGCGCUGACGCUGCUGGGCUCCCCGCCCGGCUCCGCGGCAGCCCCGGGGUGCCAGCAGGAGCCGGAGCCCUCGGGGGGUCCCCAGGGGCCCCCCCAGCGCAUCACGGAGCCGCGGCCCCUGCAGGACCCCGAGGUGCAGACGCACGCGGCGCAGAUCCUGCGCAACAUGCUGCGCCAGGAGGAGGCCGAGUUCCAGGAUUUGGGCUCCUCCCGGCCCCUGGAGGGGUCCCCGCAGCUCCCGGGGCGCCUCCCCCGGGACCCCCAGGACGGGAACGCGGGGCUGGAGGAGCGGGGCCCGGCCCUGCCAGAGGUUUCCCGGAAUUCCGGCUUCUCCGAGCCCGGCAGCCCCCGGAGCUCCCCUGUGCUCGGCUCCCGCCUCUCCACGGAUCCGGGAUCGGGGAGGCCCCAAAUCAUCGGCCCCGAGGAGGAUUGUGAGCCUGGGAAUGGCAGCAACGAGAGCGAUUCCGUGUUCCAGGAUUUGGGAAUUCUCAAAUCCCGCCCGGCCCAUCUGGGAGUUUUCCUGAGGUUCCUCUUCUCCCAGGCCGACCCCACUCCUCUGCUGUUCCACCUGUGCUCCGAGGUUUGCUGCCAGCAGACCCCGGACUGCCGGGCCCUGGGCAGGGACAUCUGGAACGUCUUCCUGGACAGGGCCGCGCCGCUGCGGGUGAAGCUGCCGGAGCAGCUCCUGGCUGAGAUCGAGCUGCGCCUGCGGAGCGGGGACGAGCAGCGGCCGGCGCUGCUGGAGGCGCAGGAGUUGGUGAUCCCAGAAAUCCAGGAGCAGCUCCAGGACUACAGGACGAAGCGCACGCUGGGGCUGGGCAGCCUGUACGGGGAGAACGAGCUGCAGGAGCUGGAGCCGGGCAACGGCCCCCGGGAGCCCCGCGAGUGCCGGGAGCGCGAGAGGCAGCUGGCGGAGCGGCAGCUGGGGCACCUCGGGGACAUCCUCUCCAAGUACGAGGAGGAGCGGAGCUCUCCCAUGGCCUUCGCCCUCAGCACCUUCAUGGCCCACGCCGGGAUCCGGCCCCGGGAACCCCGGGAAUUCCGGGAAUUCCGGGAAUCCCGCAGUGCCGGCGCCCCCGAGAAGCUCCCGGACAAGGACAAGUGGCUGCCCUUCUUCCCCAAGGCCAAAAAGAGCAGCAGCUCCAGGAAGGAGAAGGAGCAGAGGCAGAACCCGAUCCUGAAAUACAUCGGGAAACCGCGGAGCUCCUCCCAGAGCACAUUUCAUGUCCCCCUGUCCCCCGCUGAAGCAGUGAAGCCGGGCAACGUGCGCACCAUGAUCCAGCACUUUGAGAACAGCCACGGCGAGCCCCCGGAGCCGAGCGCGCAGCGCCUGAGCACCGGCAGCAUCCCGAGGAGCUGCUGGAGCCCGACAGAGCUGUUUGUCACCGAGCUGUCCCACCUGCGCAUCCUGCGUGUUCUGGAUUUGCUUUUCUUCCAACGCCUGCGCCGGGAGCAGCUCCUGAGCCGGGAGGAGCUGGGGCUGCUCUUCCCCAACCUGCCCGACCUCAUCGACGUGCACAGCUCCCUGUGGGAAUCCAUGCGGCGGCUGCGGGAGGAGCAGGGUCCCAUCAUCGGCGACAUCGGGGACCUGAUGCUGGCCCGGUUCGAGGGGGCUGCCAAGGAGGAGUUCCAGCGCGUGGCCGCCGCCUUCUGCUCCUCGCAGUCCAUCGCGCUCGAGCUGAUCCGCACCAAGCAGCGCAAGGAGAGCCGCUUCCAGCUCUUCAUGCAGGAGGCCGAGAGCAACCCGCAGUGCCGGCGGCUGCAGCUGAAGGACCUGCUGAUCGCCGAGAUGCAGCGCCUGACCAAGUACCCGCUGCUGCUGGAGAACGUCAUCAAGUGCACCCCGGGGGGCUCGGCAGAGCAGCAGAAGCUGCUGCGCGCCCGCGAGCAGAGCCGGGACGUGCUGCGGGCGGUGAACGAGGCCGUGCGCCGCGCCGAGAACCGGCAGCGCCUGCAGGAGCACCAGCGGCGCUUGGACACCUCGGCCCUGGAGAGGACCAGCAACCCGCUGGCCGCGGAAUUCCGGAACCUGGACCUGACCUCACACCGGAUGAUCCACGAGGGACCCCUGGCCUGGAGAGUGGGCAAGGACAAGAGCGUGGAUCUGCACGUGCUGCUGCUGGAGGAGCUGCUGGUGCUGCUGCAGCGGCAGGACGAGCGCUGGCUGCUCAAGUGCCACAGCAAGGGCGGCCUGGGGGCAGCCCCCGACACCAAGCAGAGCUUCAGCCCCGUGCUCAAGCUGAGCUCGCUGCUCGUGCGCUCCGUGGCCACAGACAAGCGCGCCCUGUUCAUCAUCUGCACCUCGGAGCUGGGACCCCAGAUCUACGAGCUGGUGGCACUGACGUCCUCGGAGAAGAACACGUGGAUGCAGCUGCUGGAGCAGGCUGUGCAAGGAGCCACCAGGAGCCUCCCGGGGCCGCCAAAGCCGGGACAGAGCGAGGGCAGCGCGAACGGAGCCGGCGGCCUGCUGCUGCCGGACCCCGCCGUGUCCCCGGAGCUGGCCCGAGACACCGAGCCCGAGGAUUGCUGCUCAGGCCGCAGUGACCCCGAGCCCUCGGGCCGGGCCCGGCCGCUGCAGGAGCUGCUGGAGGAGCCGCGAGGGGCCGGGGCUGGGGACCCUGACCUGGGGGACCCCGACCCUGACCCCGGGGACCCCGACCCCGGCCCGGGGGGUCCCAGCCCCGGCCCGGGAACCCCCAAAUCCCCGGGGAGCGCCGGAGUGGCCGAGGCAGCGCUGGAGGACGUGGAGACCCUGCGGCUCCUGAUUGUCCGGAGGCUCCGGCCGGGCCGGGAUCCCGACCCCGAGGAUGGACAGAGCCCCGCGGCCGGAGCGGCCGGAGCGGCCGGACAGGGCAGUGACCCCCGGGGCUCCGGCCAGGACUCGGCCACGUCCGGCCGGGAAUUCCCGAUGUCCAGCCAGGAUUCUGGGAUGUCCAGCUGGGAGUUCCCCACGUCCAGCCAGGACUCAGCCACGUCCGGCCGGGAAUUCCUGGGGUCCAGCCAGGAUUCCGGGAUGUCCGGCCAGGAAUUCCCAAUGUCCGGCCAGGAAUUCCCAAUGUCCGGCCAGGAAUUCCCAGUGUCCAGCCAGGAAUUCCCAAUGUCCAGCCAGGAAUUCCCAGUGUCCGGCCAGGAUUUGGCCACGUCCGGCUGGGAAUUCCCAGUGUCCGGCCAGGAGGGGCCGGAGCCAAACGGGAUCCGAAUCAACCGGAAAGCCCAGGAGGAGGGGCCGGAGGAGGCCACGCCCCCGCGCGGCUGCAGCCAAUCAGAGCCCGAGCUGCGGGAAGGAGGCGGAGCCAGCGCCGAGGGGAAUUUCUUCUACCUGAGCCUCCCCACGGGGCCCCCCCGAGCAGGAGGGGACACCGGGGACACCUCUGGGGACAUUGGGGACACCCCUGGGGACACGGAGCUGAUCCUGGGCACCCUGGAGGAGCUGCGGGGGAAACUGCUGAGCCUCAGGGCCAUGGAAGUCGCUCACUGGCAGCUGCUGCACUCGCUGGGGGGGGGCAACGCCGCCGUCCCCAGCACCGUCCCCAGUGUCCCCAACAACGUCCCCAGUGUCCCCAACGCCCCCAGCGCCGUCCCCGGGCGCGCCCCGCCGCCCCCCAGCUCCGACGGCCCCGCCCACCUUUAA